GUAUAUAUAAAAAUGCCACCCUCCUCCAAGGUCCAAGCCGUCACAGCAACAAAGCCUUUCUACUCCUCCCAUCUCAGCUCAGUUUUCCUCCGUCGUCGCCGUCGCCUAUGGGGCCUCAGCAAGAUCGGUCCAUGGCGAACGGCACGGCGGCGAGGAAGCCGGAGACCAAGGUGGUGCACUACAGGGAGUGCCAGCGCAACCACGCGGCCACCAUCGGCGGGUACGCCGUGGACGGGUGCCGCGAGUUCAUGGCGUCGGGCGCGGAGGGCACCGCCGCGGCGCUCAUGUGCGCGGCCUGCGGGUGCCACCGCAGCUUCCACAGGCGCGAGGUAGAGGCCGAGUGCGACCGCUCCUCCACCACCUCCGGUUGAAUCAUAUCAGUGCUCCAUCGCUUAGCGCAUGUGAUCGAGCUGAUGGGUGCACGAGGGAAAUUUAUGUGUGAUAUGAUGUAACAUUUUUUUUUAAGAAAAGAGAGCUUUAUUAACUCUCGUGGUUACAUAUGAUGUAACACAUGUGUUGGUUGUUCGUGUUUGCGCUUGUAAGUUGUAACUGGUGUGUCUUUGUACAUAAUCGAGUUAUUGCCUUGUAAUUUUCUUAUGGAAA